UCUACAGCCAUACAAGCUAGCAGUCUACUCUGUGGUUAUAACGCGAGUUAAUUGAAGAGGGCUUAUUGGGGUUUUUUGUAAAUCACAUACAAUUGCAUAAUAGCAACUGCCAUGGCGAACCGAAACCUCAAGCAGGUAAAUAUUCAAAACAGUUCUCCGUCUCCGAAGCCUCAAAAUCCAAAGCGCAACCCCGACUCGCCGUCUGUGGACCGUACGCAAAAGAUGGAGGGGGCAUCGCCGUCACCUAAAGUAACAAGUCCGCUGCCAGAUGCUGAAAGCAGCAGCGAGCCGCGAGAGAUGACUUUGGACUUAAAGAGCUUCAGGAGACCCGGAGAAAAAACAUUCACCCAGAGGUGCAGACUGUUUGUUGGCAAUCUUCCUACCGACAUCACGGAGGAAGACUUCAGAAAGCUCUUCGUCAAAUAUGGCGAUGCUAACGAGGUGUUUAUCAACCGAGACAGAGGAUUUGGAUUUAUUCGACUGGAAACCAGGACACUGGCAGAGAUCGCCAAGGCAGAGCUGGAUGGCACGGUUCUGAGGAAUCGGCCCAUUCGCGUGCGUUUUGCUACACAUGGGGCUGCGCUCACAGUUCGAAACCUCUCACCAGUCGUGACCAAUGAGCUUCUAGAGCAGGCUUUCUUACAGUUUGGACCAGUAGAGAGGGCAGUUGUUGUGGUAGAUGACCGUGGCAGACCCACAGGAAAGGGAAUUGUGGAGUUUGCCAAUAAGCCUGCUGCACGAAAGGCUCUCGAUCGUUGUGCUGAUGGAGCCCUUCUGCUCACUACGUCUCCCCGUCCAGUUAUUGUUGAACCAACAGAGCAGUUGGAUGAUGAAGAUGGCCUUCCAGAAAAGCUGUUGCAGAAGUCAGCACAAUAUCACAAAGAACGGGAGCAGUCCCCACGCUUUGCCCAGCCAGGCACCUUUGAGUUUGAGUAUUCAUCUCGUUGGAAGGCCCUUGAUGAAAUGGAGAAACAGCAGAGGGAGCAGGUGAAGAGGAACAUACAAGAAGCCAAAGAGAAACUGGAGGCUGAGAUGGAGACAGCAAAACAUGAGCACCAGCUCAUGAUGAUGAGACAAGAUCUCAUGAGGCGUCAAGAAGAGUUACGACGACUGGAGGAACUGAGAAACCAAGAACUGCAAAAGCGCAAGCAGAUCGAGAUGAGACAUGAGGAAGAGAGGCGGCGACGUGAGGAAGAAAUGAUGCGUCAUAGAGAGCAAGAUGACAUGAGGCGACAGCCUGAUGGUUUUAAACCUGCCUUUAUGGAUAGUAGAGAACAGGAAAUGAGAAUGAAUGAAAUGGGUGCCCGUGGAGCCAUUAAUAUGGGAGAUUCAUUUAACCCUGCCGCUGCUGUUAGCGGUAACCAGGGCCCGUCUCAAAUGAUGGGCAUGGGCAUGUCAGGCCGGGGUGGAGCCAUGGGGCCUGAGGGAUCAUCAAAUAUGGGGGCACCCCUGAUUGCAGAUAAUGGCGCUAUGCGUAAUGAGAGGUUUUCUCAGGGAGGUCCUGCUCAAAUGGGUCCUUCCAUGGGCGGUCGACCUGGUGUUGACUCCCCCCAGCAACAGCAAUCACCUGUGGUUGGUGGUGCAGGUCCUGUCCCUGGUAUGGGUGGUCCAGGUGGCUUUGGACGAGGAAACCCUGUUGUGGGUGGUUUUGAUGGACCCAACAACAAACGUCGUAGAUACUAAGCUUUUAUUUUCUCUCAUGAUUGGAUCAAAUAAUGGUAUGCACAAAGCAUCCCAAUUCUUGAAAUUUAUCAGAUUAUACUUUCUCUUGUCCUUUUCUGUGCCACUGCUUUCAGAACGAGCAACAGUGUUGUCCUUUUACCAAGUCUUGCAAGACAGCAUGAACCAGGAUUAAUAAUAAUGUGAAAAAAUUAUUGUUUUAAGACUGUUGAUAUUGCCUUAACUGUGAUUGCAUAUACUAUCAGGGUGUCGGACCCUAGUCAGAAGGGCAUUCCUAAAGGACACAGUGCUAUGGUUUAGUGUUUUCCUGUACUUAACACUUUUGGAUUUUCCUUAAAUGAUUUGAAUAAUUACCUAAUGACUUCAAUGAGAUAUAACAUGGCUGGAAAAAUACUAACCUGCUGGAUUACAGUUUGACACCUCUGCUAUGGGUAAUUUGUUGCUUAUCAAGCAUCUCUUAGCUUAGCCGCAACACUGCCUCCUUCAUUGAUUUUUAACAUUUACUUUAUUAUAUGUGACUUGAUAAAACUUGGAUAUACUUCUGUACAACGCCACCCCCCCCCCCCCCCACAAAAAAAAAACUCCUGUUUGAAUGGACACUGGAAAAAUGCGUACAAUAAGAUUUUUUUUCCCUAAGCACUUUUACUUGCUUCUUUAUUUCAAAUCGCACCUCUACCUCAUCACCACAUUAAGACUUCAGAAGUGUUCUCCCCUCACAUGCCAGAAGUCAUAGUUUAAAAUCCUGGAGAAAAAUAAAGUGGAAGCUCAUUAGAUUAAUUUGUAUGAUAUUAGGAAUCGGUGGAAAGAUGUGAGAUGUAAAUUUCCCACAAAAUACUUUAAGCUUAAUGAUAAUGGUGUCUUAUUGUAACCUGUCCCCUUUCUUAUCUAGAAGUUCAAAUAAUUAAAAAUAUUAAAUCACUUUUUUUCUUUCUUUUUUUAUGCAAGGGUUUUUUGUUUUUUUUCCAAUUCCCAUGUUAUUAGGUGGGUGUUUAUAUGAUACAGACACAGUGUGGCUACUUGGCAAGAGCACACUACUACUGCAGUCAUUAUUUGCGCAAUACUUGCAUUUGCUGAGAUUGUUAUUUAACUUUUGUAUUCUGUUACAUCUCUUGUGGUAUAUGAUAUGGAUGGUGAUUGUUUGAUUGUGUAUGUCAUGUAGUGCAUGCUAUCUAGUAGUCAUUUCUGUUCUAGUGAAUAUUUUGAAUGUCCUGAGUUUGUUCUGCUUUGCCUUAAAUGGCAGUUUAUUAAAUAAAAAUGGUUACAAAGUUA